ACACCAGUCGUGAGCGAGCCCGGUGAUAAAGGAAUAGUUGGGCAACUAAAAUGGAGGACAUAAAGAAGAGAAAGCUGGACAACAAUGAAAGAAUCUCACCACAUUCAGAGCAAGACUUGCGCGCCUUGCUUGACCCUCUCGCUAAGUCCCAGCUCGUCGAUCUCCUCGCUAAACUGGGUUCCCAAUAUCCUUCAAUUGCAGAGGAAAUUAAGGGUAUAGCCACUGCAGAUCCCGUACACCGCAAGCUUUUUGUUCGUGGCUUGGCCUGGAAUACCUCUUCUGAUACUUUGUGUGCUGCGUUUAGUGAGUAUGGAGAGAUUGAGGAAGGAGCUGUCAUCUAUGACAAAGCGAGUGGGAAAUCGCGGGGAUAUGGUUUCAUUACUUAUAAAUAUAUGGAGUCAACUCACCGUGCACUCAGAGCUCCUAGCAAGUUAAUUGAUGGUCGCAUGGCUGUUUGUAAUCUAGCAUGUGAUGGGUUAACUGGUUCAAGUUCUACCCAGGAUCUUACCCAGAGGAAACUCUACAUUGGGGGCUUAUCACCGAAUGUCACAAGUGAGAUGCUUCUCCACUUUCUUGGCAGGCAUGGUGACAUAGAAGAAGGUUCAGUUGCAUAUGGCAAGGACACAAAUGAGUCACGUGGGUUUGGCUUUGUAACAUUCAAGACAGUUGAGGCUGCAAGGAAGGCCAUAGAUGAUCCACAAAAGAUCCUUGGGGGGAGGAAUGUCAUUGUAAAACUUGCUGAUUCCCACAAAGGCAAAACAAUUCAAACACAGUUAGCUACACCAAUGGUUCCAACGCCGUUACCUUUAGCGCCUGGAUAUGCACAACCUGGAAAAGCCCAUCCUAGCACCACCCCUCAAGGCUUUGGUUACCCUCCAGCUGUGGGACCAUACCACAAUAAUACUUACUCAAGUCCUCCCAUUGCUCCAUACCCAACACAGUCACAAAUUCCAUAUCCAUAUUAUAUUGGCAAACAAUAAUUGAUGACUGACAGUUGUUAGCAUAUUUUUGCAGGCCUCUAAUCUAGUUUGCACAUCUGGUAGAUGAUUUAGGGAGUGUGUGUGUUGCGUUGGAAUCUUAUGUGGCAUACAAGCUAUGUUUCUGCACUGGAAUUUUGUUGUGUUGUACUAUUAACAUGGUGUAGUCAAAACCUUUCAUUUGUUGUAAAAAGAGUUUUUC